AUGGACAGCAAAGGGCAAGGGGCAUGUUCUUCUUCUUCAUUCACAGCUGAUCUCUUUGGCACCACUCAAUCACCACCAGUGUCUUCAGCUGGGAUUUUUGCUUCUAUGUUUCCACCUCCAGCCACGGCUCUGCGUUAUGUAGACCAUCUUGAUAUUAGUUUUAGUAUCUAUUCUUAUAGGGUUCAGGUUUUAGGGAGGAAAACUUCAGGCUCUGAGGUGAUGGGAUCUUGGCAAAAACAGUCCUCUGGAAAUCAAGCGUGGAACCCUAAACAAGGAUCUCCAGCCAAUAUCCACGCUGCAAGCUAUAGCAUGCCAAACAAAGACAGGAAUUCUGUUUUCCAGGAAGAAAGAGUGGAACCAUGUCAUCUAAGUUCAUCCCUAUACUACGGUGGACAAGACAACUACUCUCAAUCCCCAAGUACCCAACUGGCUGGAUCACAUCCCGUAUUUAAAAAAGAUGGGGGAGAAGAUGAUCCUAACGGCAACCCUCACAGUGCUUCCAGAGGAAAUUGGUGGCAAGGAUCGCUUUAUUAUUAG